AUGGAAGGGUCCAGACCCCCAUCGCCCCGGGAAGAGCUGGAACUCUCGAUACUGGAUGGGGAGCAGGGAGAGCAGAUGCCUCUCAACAACCUCCAGGUCCAGCCUUGCUCUGCAGAGGACCCUAGCCCAGCCCAGGUGGACAGCAAAAGCCCCUGGAGUCCCUGCAACAAGAGUGUGGUUGGAAAAUGUAAACUGUGGAUGGUCAUUGUCACCAUAUUCUUGUGUUUCACUAUAGUGAUCAUUAUAAGCCUAUGCCUUGUAGGAGUGACUUAUAUCGAUGAAGAUGAAAAUGAAAUACCUGAAUUAUCGUCAAACAAAACAUUCUUCAUUGUGCUCAAGAUUCCAGAGGAGUGUGCUAAUGAAGAGGAAUUGCAUCACUUGCUCACUAAAAGGCUCACGGACACGUAUAGACAGUCCCCAGCUCUGAGUCGUUUUUUCACAUCUGCUGGUAUCUUGGAUUUCAGUGUUGAAAAUGCCACGGUAACCUAUCACUUGCAGUUUGGAGUUCCAUCUGAAGAUGAUGGCUUUAUGGAGUACAUGAUGAGUGAAGAGUUGGUGCUCGGCAUCAUGCGACAGAGUUUCCAUGAUAAGAACGUAUCUACUUGUGAGAGUCUUGGGCUUGACCCAGAAUCUCUCUUUCUCUAUGAUGAUCGCUAA